AUGGCUAAGUUCAUUAAGGCUGGUAAAGUUGCUAUUGUCGUUCGUGGUAGAUACGCCGGUAAGAAGGUUGUCAUUGUGAAGCCUCACGAUGACGGUACCAAGGCUCACCCAUUCCCCCAUGCCGUUGUUGUCGGUGUCGAAAGAGCUCCUUUGAAGGUUACCAAGAACUUGGGUGCCAAGAAGACCGCUAAGAGAACCAGAGUUAAGCCAUUUGUUAAGUUGGUUAACUACAACCACUUGAUGCCUACCAGAUACUCCUUUGAUGUUGAAUCUUUCAAGUCUGCUGUUACUUACGAAGCUUUGGAGGAACCAUCUCAAAGAGAAGAAGCCAAGAAGGUUGUUGGUAAGGCCUUGGAAGAAAAGCACAAGGCUGGUAAGAACAAGUGGUUCUUCACCAAGUUGCAAUUCUAA